AUGUCGGAAAAGGCGAUCGAGGAGAACGUCAUCUCCUCUCAGCCUUCCCACGGCGCGGCGGAGCAAGUCGCCAGCGAUGAGAUCGCGCACCAGAAAACCUUUGACAAUGUCAUCCACAAUGCCCAAAGGGCGACCGAAAAGGAGCACAAGAUGACCUUGUGGCAGGGCAUCAAGCUCUAUCCCAAGGCUGUGGGGUGGUCCAUCCUGAUCUCGACUUGCAUCUGUAUGGAAGGGUAUGAUGUGUGCUUGUUGAGCAACUUCUACGCAUUUCCCCAGUUCCAAAAGAAAUACGGCAAGCAACUCCCCAAUGGGGACUGGCAGGUGCCUGCUCCCUGGCAAGCAGGGCUCAGCAACGGUGCGAACGUCGGCGAAAUCAUUGGCCUCAUGAUCAAUGGCUGGGUCUGUGAACGCUUCGGCUAUCGCUACACUCUCAUCACCUGCCUCGCCCUUGUCGCCAUCUAUACUGCCAUUUUCUUCACUGCGCAGACCGUGGUGGCUCUCCAGGUCGCCGAGAUCCUCUGUGGCAUACCCUGGGGGGCAUUCCAAAUCAGCACGAUCACGUAUGCCUCGGAAGUGUGCCCCGUGGCACUCCGAGGAUAUCUUACAACCUAUGUGAACUUUUGCUGGGGUUUAGGACAGGUGAUUGGGAUUGGCGUUAUUAAAUCGAUGCUGUCCCGAGACGACCAGUGGUCCUACCGAAUUCCCUUCGCUUUGCAGUGGAUGUGGCCAGUGCCACUCAUAGUUGGAAUCUUCCUCGCACCGGAAUCACCAUGGUGGCUGGUGAGGAAAGGCCGUCUUGAUAAGGCCAAAAGAGCACUCCUUCGAUUGACGUCCCUCAACCGGGAAACCGACUUUGAUGCCGACGAGACCAUUGCAAUGAUGGUUCACACAACUGCACUGGAAGAAAAGAUUACGAGAGGCGCCACCUACUGGGACUGCUUCAAAGGCACGGACUUGAGACGGACCGAGAUUGUGUGCAUGGUGUGGGCCAUCCAGAACCUGUCCGGCAACUCUUUCUCGGGAUACUCAACAUAUUUCCUCGAACAAGCAGGUCUAGCAACGAGCAAAUCAUAUGACUUUGCCCUCGGACAAUACGGGAUCAACAUGGCCGGAGUGUUUGGGGCGUGGUUCUUGAUGACCUGGGGCAUUGGACGACGAUCACUUUACCUCUACGGACUCUGUGGUUUAUUCUCCAUGCUGCUCAUCAUGGGAUUUCUAGGCCUGGUUCCGCGCGCUCACAGAGAUGAAGCCGCCCUAGCCACAGGAUCGAUCAUGCUGGUCUGGGCGCUCUGCUACCAGCUUACUGUUGGCACAGUCUGCUAUUCCCUGGUCGCAGAGCUCUCCACCCGGCGUCUACAGAUCAAGACAGUCGUAUUAGGCCGCAACUUGUACAAUAUCGUCGGAAUUAUCUGCUCCGUCUUGACGCCAUACAUGCUCAACCCGGGUGAAUGGAACUGGGGCAACUACGCGGGUUUCUUCUGGGCGGGGAUCUGCUUCUGCUGCAUCAUUUACACUUAUUUCCGUGUGCCAGAGCCCGCCGGCCGCAGUUUCGCAGAACUUGAUCUCCUCUUCGAGAGAGGCGUCAGUGCACGAAAGUUCGCAAGCACGCACAUCGACGUCUUCGAAGACUCCGUUGUCCGCGAAACGGUGGACGGCGCGGGCACGUUGAGGGACUACGCGCAGAAGAGGGAAAGUAUUGUGCAUGGAGUUACUGGAGAGGAGACAAUGCCUCCUAGGCAGUUGAUAUGA